UGUGAAAGGUUUGAUCACUAAGCAAAGCCUUUGCCUCUCUCUCUCUCUCUCUCUCUCUUCCCUGUUUUUCUUAUUAACCCCACCAUCAAAUGUCCCCAACCUGCAACAGAUUCACCAACAAAAACUAAAAAACAAACUAACUCCUACGGAAAAACAAAAGUCACUCUUUUCAUCUUAUCCCCACCCUCUUUCCUCCCUCUAUUCCCUUCUCUUUCUGUUCUUCCAUCCCAAAAUUCAAGUGAGAAGAGAAAGAACAUAUGUGGCAAGCUCAUGCCUGCAAGUCUUCUUAUGGAGAAUCCAUCAAAGCUCUUGAAGCUGAUAUCCAACAUGCCAAUACCUUGGCAGCUGCUCUUCCCAGAGAUUAUGGUGGGAACUGUAUCCAAAUGAGAUUGUCUUACAGCCCCUUUGCACCUUUCUUCCUGUAUCUCAUUGAAUGGAUGGAUUGUAGUUGCACUGAUGUACUUCCCAAUUAUUUAGGCCUUCUCCACAUCCUUGUACACAAGGUAUAUGUCGAUGGGAUGCCUUCAUUGUCCUCCAAAGAACAGAAGGUCACUUUAAGGGAAUUUUACGCUGUAAUAUACCCUUAUCUUAGGCAACUUGAAGGCGAAUUUAACGAACUGGAAGAUAAUAAUAAUAAGAGAAGUCGAUGCACAGAUGUUUUGGGCAGAAAGAGGAUGGAAGACCAAAGGAAGCUUUCGGAUAAAGAUCUUGAGAGAGAAGAUGAAUGUGGGAUAUGCAUGGAAAACUGUACAAAGAUGGUGUUGCCUGACUGUGGGCAUUCCAUGUGCCUCACCUGCUUCCAUGAUUGGAAUGCAAGAUCGAAAUCCUGCCCUUUUUGCCGCGGCAGCCUAAAGAGUGUUAGCUCCAGAGAUUUGUGGGUUCUCACUAGCAUCGGUGAUGUUAUUGAUGCAGUAACCCUUGCGCAGGAGAACCUAAGACGUUUCUAUCUUUAUAUUGAAAAUCUACCUGUAAUUGUGCCGGCAACGCAUAUUGUGGUAUACGAUUACAUGCUCUGACUCACAACAUGAAGAAUGAAGUUGCAAAGUACACAAAUUACUCAUUACCCCAAUGUAUAUAUAGCCUAAUAUAGGGAAGUUCAAUGUAAACUACCAUGCCGGGUUGACGAGCUGUCUCAUGGUAGCUGUAUAUAGUCAACUAAAGUACCGAAUGCCUGUUUUCAGACGAUAAGCUGGUAGCUUUGGAGAUU